AUUCGCAGAAGUGCAUCACAACGACGGAGCUUCAUUCCUCAAUCCUCUCACACCACAUCCCAUCAUGAGCAUCCUGCCUCGCAGCGUACUCGACAGCAGCUUCGACCAUCUGCUCUCACUGCGGACCACGGGGAGGUACCUCUUCGCAUCGCUCGCGGUGAACAUGCUUCUCCAAGCAGGGUUCAUCUCGUUUAAGUUGGCAGAGACCGUGCAUGCCAUCGAAAGGAACGACGUCGCAUUUGCGUCGCUCGUCACCAGCUACGUGCUGUGGAUCCUCAUCUCGACUGCCGGGGGGGUCUUUGGACUCUACUCAGCGCACAAGUACCACACCAAGUCCGCGUCUUACUGCCUUUACGCGUGGGUAGCCCUCGUGGUGUUCCAGAUCGUCGAAGCAUUCGUUGCAGUGUUCGUGCUGGUGCCUGGAGUGCAGAACACGGUAAACAUCAAGCAAUCCUUGCUCUUCAACACCGCGUCGCUCCUGGUCAUCGAAGUCGUGUUUAUCGGGUUCAUCUACGCGUACAUUGAACUGCUCGACCUUUGCGAAACGGACAAAAAUCACCUGUUGGGGUCGCACGGGGAAGAAGGCACGCACUUGGUCGACGAAGCACUCGUGUCGCCUGUAGUUGACAACCACGUGACGGCGUAUGGCACAGAAUCGACGUCGUUUACGUUUUAGGGUGUCCUGUAUUUAUCAAUGUGUGUACAAUAAUAAAGGUCGCCUGUUUUACUCGGU